ACACUCAUUUUCUUUUUACACACUCGUGUUUAUAAACUCAAUAUUCCAAUCUAUAUACACAGAAUCUUUGUAUCUAUAUCUAAUGUGUGUGUGAGAGAGAGAUAUAAAGGAUUAUGUAACCAAAUGUCUUCAAGUCUAUAAGAGGGUGCGUAGGAUAAACAUUGUGUGUGCGUAGGAUAAGCAGUCCGUGUGUGUGUGUGUGUGUGUUUUCUAUAUCUGUGAUGGUGGGUGUGGAUAUUUUUGUAAGCUUGUAAACAAAAAGUUUGAAUCUUGGUUUGUGGGUUUUCAUCUUCUUGCAGCUUUUAACAAGGACAUUAAUGGCAGAUGCGCAUUUUAGCAGAAGCAUGAAAAGAAUAGGCCUUAAUAAUGGGGUUUUCUUGCUUAUUUUGGGUCUUGCUUUGCUAACUUGCGCCGCCAGACCACCAUCAGCUUCUAUGCAAAAACUUAAAGUUCAUAAGCAUCUUAAACGCCUCAACAAAGCCCCUGUUAAAACCAUUCAGAGCCCAGAUGGGGAUAUCAUUGAUUGUGUACACAUCUCUCAUCAACCUGCUUUUGAUCAUCCAUUUUUAAAAGACCACAAAAUCCAGAUGAGGCCUAAUUAUCACCCAGAAGGACUUUAUGAUGACAACAAAGUGAAAACAGAAUCCAAAGAAAAAGAAAACACAAUCCACCAGCUAUGGCAUGUGAAUGGCAUGUGCCCUGAAGAUACAAUACCUAUUAGAAGAACAAAAGAAGAUGAUGUUUUGAGAGCUAGUUCUGUUAAAAGAUAUGGAAAGAAAAAACAUUCAAGCAUUCCCAAAAUUAAGAAGAACCUCCCUAAAUCUGCAGAUCCUGAUCUUGUUAAUCAAAGUGGACAUCAGCAUGCUAUAGCAUAUGUGGAAGGAGACAAAUUUUAUGGAGCAAAAGCAACCAUGAAUGUUUGGGAACCAAAGAUACAACAAGCAAAUGAAUUCAGCUUGUCUCAAAUUUGGAUUCUAGGUGGUUCUUUUGGUGAAGAUCUCAACAGCAUUGAGGCCGGUUGGCAGGUCAGCCCAGACCUUUAUGGCGAUAAUAACACACGACUCUUCACUUACUGGACUAGUGAUGCAUAUCAAGCAACAGGGUGCUACAAUCUACUAUGUUCAGGGUUUAUUCAAAUAAACAACAACAUAGCAAUGGGUGCAAGCAUCUCCCCUGUUUCUGCAUUUAGAAAUUCACAAUAUGAUAUCAGUAUCCUUGUCUGGAAGGAUCAAAAAGAGGGGAAUUGGUGGAUGCAAUUUGGGAACGGAUAUGUGUUGGGAUACUGGCCAUCUUUCUUGUUUUCAUACUUAGCCGACAGUGCAUCAAUGAUCGAAUGGGGAGGUGAAGUGGUUAACUCAGAGCCAGACGGGCAGCACACAUCGACUCAAAUGGGCAGUGGGCGGUUCCCAGAAGAAGGAUUCGGGAAAGCUAGCUAUUUCAGGAACAUUCAAGUUGUUGAUAAAGAAAAUAAUCUCAAGUCUCCUAAAGAUAUUGGCACAUUCACAGAGCAAUCCAACUGUUAUGAUGUUCAAACUGGGAGCAAUAGUGACUGGGGUCACUACUUUUACUAUGGGGGCCCUGGUAAAAACCCAAAUUGCCCUUAACAACCCCAUACCAUUUACCCUAGAUAUGAAAAUCUACCUAUGUUAUAUAAUUUUUUUUUUCUUCUUUUUUUGUUGGGUCAAUUGUAGGGUUAGUUGGUAACUUGGUAUAUGUGACUUUUUCUAUUAGGAAGUUUUGUGUCUUUUUUUAUUUUUAAUUUUUGUUUUAUGGGUUAAAUUUGAAAAGUUCUCUCUUAAAUCUAAGUGAAUGGAGAGUAUGUGGCAAAGUUUGUCCAA